AAAUACAUCUAAACCCUAAUCCGCCCCUCUAUAAUGCAUUUCAUGCAUCAAAACAUGCAUUCAACCUAUUCUACUUGCAUUUUUGAAGAUUUUUUCUCUACAAUCAGGGUUCUUAGUUUUUGUAUUUUUCUUCGAAGGUGACGACUACGAAGGUGUGAGACACGCAUCAAAGGCAUAGGAAUCACUGGAGAAGAAAGAUUUAGCCAUUAAAGGUGCACUAUUCAUAUAAUCAUACAUAAUGGCUGGAACUGGAAGUGCAAGUGCAAGCUCUAGUUCAGUUGCAAAUGUCCGAAAUGAAAAUACCCCCUUUAAAAUUGAUCAAGAUUCACCACUUUGGCAUUAUACAACAAUGAUCAAGCCAGUGUCUGGUGGUGGGGGUUUUGUUUGGCAAUGCAACCAUUGUGGCACUGAGUAUACCAGCUCAUACUAUCGAGUGAAAGGCCACCUUUGUUUCAUCCCUGGGCGUGGAAUAAAAUUUUGUAAGGGAUCAGAUGGCAAGGGGCUGCCAAAAGCUCUAGUUUUGGGAUAUAUUAGAGAACAAGAGGAAGCUGAUAGGAGAAGUGGCAAAGCAAAGACUAAUCAUCCUCUUAUCCAUCAAAGCUCAAUGUCUAAGAGGCCUUCUAGUAGCAUGGGCUCCACAAGACCAGCUGGUUCACAUCCUUUCAUGCAAAACCCACCAGUUGAUGCAGUAGAGAAUCAGAAUGUUGUGGCUUCACGGAAAAGAGGCCCAUUGGAUUUUGCCUUCAAAAAUGAACUGAGAGAGAUUGCAGAUUCCAAAAUUGCACGUUGCCUUUAUGGCAAUGGGCUUCCUUUCAACCUUGUUAGAUCACCUUACUUUCGGGACAUGGUGCAUACUCUUUGCAAUACACCUUCUGAUUAUGUUUGUCCAGGGUAUGAAAAGGUGAGAACCACCUUAUUGGCAAAGAAGAAAGCAUCCAUAGAGUUACAGUUGAAGGUCAUCAAAGAUACAUGGCAGGAAACAGGUGUGACCAUUGUUUCUGAUGGAUGGAAAGAUUGUAAAAAUAGGCCAUUGAUCAAUGUUAUAGCAGUGUGUCCUAAAGGGGCAAUGUUUUUGAAAGCAGUGGAUUGUGAGGGGCAAGUGAAAGAUGCAAGUUUCAUUGCCAAUAUCUUGAUAGAAUGCAUUGACAUGGUGGGGCCUCAAAAUGUUGUCCAAGUUGUAACUGACAAUGCUAAAAAUUGUAGGGCAGCAGGGACUAUAGUGGAGGCUACAUAUGGUCACAUCUUUUGGACACCAUGCGCAAUACACUCACUCAAUUUAAUCAUGCAAAAGCUUGGCACACAAAUUGAUUGGGUGAAAAAACUAUAUGCGGAGGGCGAGGAGAUUCAAAUGUUUGUGACUAAUCAUCAUAUGUCACAAGCCAUUUUCAGGACCUUCUCCAAGUUGGAGUUGUUGAAGGUUGCUGAAACACGAUUUGCAUCUCACACGCUCGUCUUAAGACGACUUCUGAAGGUGCGAGACGCCUUGAGUUCUAUGGUCAUCAACAGCUUGUGGAGUGUAUGGAAGCAGUCCCACACAGAAAGAGCUCUAAAAGUAAGAGCAUUGAUCCUUAGUGAGAAAUGGUGGGAUGAUGUGGAAUAUGUUUUGAAUUUCACUGAGCCCAUCAUGAGCAUGAUCAGGUAUGCUGAUACUGAUCGCCCAUGUUUGGGCGAGAUUUAUGAUGGCAUGGAUUGCAUGGUGGAAAAAAUAAAAGAAGUAAUAAAUAGAAAAGAAAAUGACCCAACGGAAACAUUUUUCAAAGUUGUGCAGAAAAUUGUUGUUGACCGUUGGAACAAGAUGACCACCCCCUUACAUCUCUUAGCAUUUGCUUUGACGCCAAAAUUUUAUAGUGCAGAGAUGCUUGCAACACCAAGGAGGGUGCCACCAUAUAGAGAUGCAGAGGUUGCUUCUGGCUAUAGGGCUGCCUUUAAAAAGAUAUAUCAAGAUGAGGAGACAAGAAAUAUUGUCAUGAGGGAGUUUGGCCAAUUUGUAUCUGCAAAAAAUCAUGAUGUUGUAGCUCUUAAUGCUAGAUAUGGGAUGGAUGCUGAUGAGUGGUGGUAUGUACAUGGUCAAGGCUCCAUUUACUUGCAGCCUCUUGCAAUUAAACUUAACUCCCAAGUAUGUAUCUUUUUAUUUUUUAUUUUUAUAGUUUUCCAAUUCCAUUUGAUGCUAUCAUUUUUUUAUUUUAUAAUUUUAAUUUGUAAAUUUCUAAUUAUGUUUUAACUUUUAACAGGUUGCAAGUUCUUCUUCAGCUAAGCGGAAUUGGAGUACAUACUCCUUCAUCCACUCAGUCAAACGUAAUCGUUUGGGUGCAAAGAAAGCUGAGGAUUUGGUCUACGUACACUCCAACCUUCGUUUGUUGUCACAUAAGGACCCUGAAUAUAGUGAGGGUGUAACAAGGAAUUGGGAUCUAGCCCCUGAGUGUGCUGAUUUAGAUGCUACAGUUGCACAACUUUGCCAAGUCUCUAUAGACGAGGCGGUUAUGGAAUUUGAGAGAGACAUAGCUAGUGGGAGUGGCAUUCCAUUUGAUAUUGGUUCAAUUGAUGCUGAAUUUGAACCACUUGAUGACCGUGAGCUUGGGUUGGAUGCUUCAGAUGAAGAUGAAUAUGGAAUUUAAAUCCCAUAGAUGGCUUGUAAUUUGAAUGUUUAACUUUAUACUUUAUUGUGUCAUGACAUUUUCACAUUUUGAAACUUGAAACUUGAAUAUUAUCUUUUU